UCAGUCCAGAUGUAUUGGAAUGGCUUCUUCUUUUUCUUCAUGAAAAUAAGGAACGCUUUACGAAAUUGUGUGUCAUCCGUGCGGCUACUGCAGAUGGAUCUUUGGUUCACAAUUUCACAUUUCCUCAACCCUAACCUCGGGUAGUUUCUCUCUGUGGUUGGUGGCUGCUCAUACCUAUUCGCCUGCCGAGUCCUGCCCCCCAGCCAAUCGCCUUUGGGAACUGCUGUGGGCUACUGAAUUGAUCGGACUUUUCGCCUUUGACACCAGAGAAUUCAAUUAGGCAGAUUCGUGACAUGGCCUCGCCAGAGUUCCGUUUUGAGGGCUCGUCCUCCGAGCUCACCCUAAGACCCACCGAGGAUGCGGUCAGGCUGACCCACCUGUACAAACAGCAGGUCAGCAGCUGGGACGCCAAGAACGUGGACACGGUGAGGCAGGAGGCGAAGGCUCGUGUGCUGGAGCAGGGUGGGGACCCUGCAGACAAGGACCUUCUACUAGCUGAGAGCGAGCUUCAGUUCGGACCAUACGCGGGCCAGACCUUCCGCUGGCUGCUCGAAAAUGAUGUGCACUAUGCGUGUAGAGUCUUAGUGUUCCACGAGAAGUUGUCUGCAACGGAAAAGGUGUGGCCGUCGGCAGAUACGAAGAACAAACAUGCCCUCGCCUCCUACGCCAAGCUUUUUCCACCGAUGGUCGCCGCCAUCGACCGGCGCAGAUUAUUGGAGGCCAGGCGUCCCUCGGACGGGAUCCAUAACAUGACGCUGGGUUUUGGUGAGCACGGCGACCGAACAUUCAGGUCCUUGUAUGGUGCCAGGGACGUCAGGACCCGACACUACGUGCAGUACGUACGUAAAUUAAAGAUACCGGAGGGAAGCCAAAUCUAUCGACUUCAGCAGUACAUCUUGGCACGUGACAAGGAGCCAUCAGUUCAUGCGAGUGUGGACCCCAAGACAGAGUCUGAUGCGGAGCCCAUGGAAGUAGCUGCUGAGGUUGACUCUCAAGACUCCACCAUCAGGGACAACCCGGCGGCGCCAGUCCAGUCCUCCACCUCCCUUGUUGGUCCCCAAGCAGCCAGAGCACCUGCCGGGACGGUGUCAGCACAGACCGGCUCUGGUGCACAGCUGCUGCCCAGAGGCUGGAGGGCGACGCUCCCCGAAGAGCAGCAAGACUGGGUGGGCCGGGCUCUGUUCUGCCAGAUGGACAGUGGGAAGUCCGUAUUGAAGAAGGACCUCCGCUUGUGGUGGUAUCCGCCUGGGCCCCGGCCCAUCUACUCACAGCCUCCCACAACAUCCCACCCCUUCUUCCAGCAGCCGUUCUUCUUGUGGAUGCCCUACAAGAUGUGGGCCUACCCCCUGAAGUGCCCCACCUGCAAGGCCUCCCUCCGGGCCGCCGGACUGUACAAGACGGUGCGGAGGGUGUUAGACAGGCACAGCUGGUACUUCAUGGGGACAGAGUACCUGGAGUGCUAUACCUGUCGAAAGAAGGUGGCGGGCUGGUCACAGGCCAUCUUGGAGCAGCUAGACCUGUCGCACCGUAUGGAUUUCCCUGCUGUCCUCACAUACAGGUUGGCCUGCGACAAAACACUGAUCAAUGCAUUAAAGGAGCGCACGCUGGGCAACAGCGCGACGCGCCUCCAUGCUACCCUGGUGGAGGAGCACACCACGGCCUGGAUACAUCGAACAAAGAAGUAUCUGUCCAUGCUCCAAAAGCUGGAGGUUCGGCAGUCGCAGCCAUUCCCCGAAAUGCACCCAGUGCCCGGCGUGUCAUGGCUAAUUGGGGUGUACGUCCGUGACGCCAUCUCCAGGUUGCCAGAGACCAAAGCCAGAAUCACCUCUGUGUUUGGCACCAUCUUGAAGAUGGUAUCAACCAAAAAGGUCACCAAGAAGCUCGCAGGUGCCGCUGCCGGGUCCGCUGCCUGGUCAACGAACGUCGGCAACGAGCACGGGCAGGUGCUCAUGUCCGUCCUCACUGCAGCAGAGGGGGAUGGACUGGCAGACAUGGCGUCGGGACUGGUGCGGCGGUACCGUGACGCGGGGCAGGCCCCUCCUAAGGUCCUGUACGUGGACCGGGACUGCUGCACUAGUGUGGGACAGUCACGGGUGGGGCAACUGUUCCACGAGUGGUCUGAGCUGGCGGUCCGGCUGGAUGUGUGGCACUUCAUGCGGCGGUUCACCAGAGGUGUAACCACCAAUACUCACCAGCUGUACGGCCUAUUCAUGGCACGGCUGUUGUAUGCCAUCUUCGAGUGGGAUGCCACAGAUGUGGCUCGCCUGGAGCAGGCCAAGCAGUCCCAGGAGGGAGCGGAUGUCAGCGUGACGCUCACGGCCAAGGAGCUGGCCCGUCACUGCCGGCGUCACACAAGGGGUGUGAUGGAGACGUGCCGGCUCAUCCAGGAGGUGCUGGACACCUUCUGGACCAAGACCGACACACAGGGCGUCGCCCUGAUUGAUCGUGCCAGGAUGGAGGAGAUCUGGAGGACGCAGCGCCGACACCUGGACUGCAUCCAGGACCCCGCAGGAGUAGCGCUCUACACUCAGACGAGCGAGAUCACCAAAGGUGGGGUAAAGCUCCCUGUCUACAGGUGCGCCAGGGGGUCCACAUCCCUGGAAUCGUUUCAUCUGCACCUGUGGCGCUUCAUCCCAGGCACCUCUGCCAGCGACGUGCACUUCCAAGUGUACCUUCUGGAGGGCCUGGCGCGAUGGAACGAGGACAGGGGCAGAGCCUCUGUCAAGAAAACCAACAAGUCAGCUCUGCGGUGCUACAACACCGAGCUGGUGGACAGUUUCAGCCACGAUACCCAGAUGUUCUUGGGCAAGACUCUGGUCGAGACCUACACCGUGCCCAGGGAGUACACAGGAGAGCUCAUCGGGGUGGAGUACCUGUACUCACAAACAGGGGCCGUGCUGCAGCAAGAUCUAGGAGACCCUGACGAAGAGGAGUCCUCUGAGUGUUUUGAGCAGGACGGUGAGGAGGGACUGGAUGACGACGAUGAGGAGGAGCAGCUGGAGGAGGUCCACCUGUUAAAAUACCACCACGCGCUCCUCCUCCAAGAGCGUGAGAAGGCCAACACUGAGAUGGAGCAGCAGCUGCAGGAGGAGGGGGAGGAAGAGCAGGAGGAGGAGGAGAUCGUAGUCGGUCCGGACGGCCACCCAGGUUACCAGCAUGUCGUGGCACUGGCUCUUGCCCUCGCUGAGCUCAGGCACCGGCCCUUUGUGUCCCAGAGGCAGGCCAACGACAUCAUUGCCCUGUGGCAGCGCUUGCCUGAAAGGGACAAGCAGCCAGUGUCCUUCCCGCCGCGUCAUCAGGACAGGUUCGUCCGGGGCCAUUUGCGGACAAGCCACAGGCGCGCUGACACGGCUCCAAGUAUGGAGAGCAUGAAGCGUACCGUCCCUGGUCAGGAUGCGAGAUCGGCACACUCUCCCAAGCUCAGCAGGCUUAUGGAGGCCCUCAUGCUGGAGCUGUGCCGGGCCCAAGAAGACAAGAGCACCAUGACUGCUGGGGUCCGCACUCAUCGUUGGCACACCGUCGUCAAAGAUUACAAACUGAUCUGUGAUAAUGUAGUGAGCUGCCACACUUUGAUGGCAAACACUCGUAUCGCCCUGUAUGAGGUGAACCAGCGGACCGUGUCAUCCUGGUACAAUGAACGCUCCAAGGCCACAGCGAGGGAGACGCUGCAAUCAAGUGUAAUAUCCCCCAGUGCCCCACAGAUGUCCAAGUCCCUUCCCACUGCCCAGAGUCUGCUGCCUGAGGCCGUACAGCCGGACCGGCCCACGCAACACAACCUGUCUGCUGAUGAAUCUGGUUUGGCAGUGACCUCCGUUGAGCAUGUCGGGACGUCGUCUUCCUCAGUUGACACCCUCUCAGCCGCCCCCGCCACCACCAGCCCCUCGUCCUCCGCCGCCGGCCCCUCCACCUCCUCCAGCUCACACCCCGCCAGAACAGUCUCCCGUACGACGCUGUGGAGGUGGAAAGUGCAACAGGAGAGAGCCCGAGUGGCCCAGGAAAAGGACAGUUUUGCCACCCCCGAGAAGGUCAGGCGUGUGUUCAACUGUAGCCACUGUGGCCAGCCAAGGACACGUAUUACUGGCCACAGCAGACACAAGAAGGUGUCUUUCUGCUCCCAGUCUGAUGGCCGAACAGUGGAACAGUGGCACGCUGACAUGGUGCGUGAGGAGGAGGAGGCCUCUGCCCGGAACCGUCCUUCAUCAAGUGGCACCUAAACAUGUGCAAGGGGCACUCACAACACACCUGGGUGCUUGUAAAUAGCUGUUGAAGUUUGUGUUCAACUGUUGAUGUGGUCAACGUAGGGCUACAUGUUAGUAGUUUGUGUAGGAUGGUCUUACUUGUUUGCAAGUGUCACUUUAUUGUAAGUGAUACGUAUCACAGCUUGUUUGUUUAUAAAGUUGAAGUGUGAAAAUAAAAGUGU